AUGGUGAUGGAUUGUGCUCCUCUUGUGUUGGUGGCUAGGCUGGCAUGUUGGUGGUUGGAGCAAUGCAACAGAGAGAAUUGUGCUAGUGGUUGGAGCAUUAUAGCAGAGAGGGAUGGCAUGUUGGUGGCUGGCAUGAUGGCUGACAUCGUAUCAGAGAGGGCUGACAUGUUAGUGGUUGGCAUGUUGGUCGCUCGAGGCUGGAGCAUAAUUGUGCUAGAGGCUGGAGCAGAAUUGUGCUGGUGGCUGGAGCAGAGAGGACUAACAUGGUGGCUGGAGCAAAAUUGUGUCGGAGGCUAG